AUGUAUCCAAAUCUGGGACCCUCAGCUCCACCUCCACCAACCAGUCAACAAUUGAACACUCCACGCGCAUCUCAGAGUGGACAAGGAGCAUCUACAGGAGUUUCCACAUCAUUACCGCCGCAACAGCAACAUCCGGGGCAGCUACAAAACACUCCGUAUCCACCGUCUGCAUCAAUCAACUCUCCGUAUCCACCUUCUACAUCCGCCAACUCGCCGUAUCCACCUUCUACAUCAGUCAAUUCUCCGUAUCCACCUUCCACAUCAGUCAAUUCGCCGUAUCCACCUUCUACAUCAGUCAACGCACCGUAUCCACCUUCUACUUUUGCAAACACUCCUUUUGCGCCAUCUGCUUAUGCCCCAAAUCAACAAUAUCCUGGACAACAGCAUCAACAAAAUAGUUCUUAUCCACCAGGUGGUUCCAUGAAUCAACCAUCUGCGAACUCACCAUAUUCACAACAACAACCGGCCUCGUAUUAUCCGGGUCAACAAAAUCCAAGUAGUUAUGGCUCACCCUAUUCGUCUAUUGGAAUGGGAGCAGCACCUAAUCGCUAUCCUCAGCAAAAUCAGCCACCAAACACGAACUACAGCCAAAAUGCUCCCAAUCAAGGAUAUCCCCCAGGAGGCAGCGGAUAUCCUCCAGGAGGCAGUGGUUAUCUCCCAGGAGGCAGCGGAUAUCCUCCAGGAGGCAGUGGUUAUCCCCCCGGAGGCAGCGGUUAUCCCCCCGGAGGCAGCGGUUACCCCCCGGGAGGCAGCGGUUAUCCGCCUUCACAAGGGUAUCCGCCACCUCAACAACAGGGUUAUCCUCCAUCGAACCCAUAUCAACCAAGUUAUUAUUCAGGUGCUUAUCCAGGGGCAGGACCUCCAAAUUAUCAACAAACGCCGUAUGGAGUUCCACCCCAACAACAGCCAGGUGGAGGCGGACCUGGUUUUGGAUAUCCAGGAGGUGCUUUUCCACCUCAACAGCAGCAAAGUAACUAUUCAGCUCCAUAUCAACAAGGACCUCGUCCAUCAUUUGGCGUUGGCGGUGGUAACGACUCACGUAUGCAACGAAUAAAUCAGAUCGCACAAAAAUAUGAAAUCAAUCCUGCACUAGAAAGUCGUCUUCGAAUAUUAGAAGGUUUUGAAAUCGUUUUGUUAUGUGAUGACAGCGGCUCUAUGAACACACCAUUAGAAAUCGGCACGCAAACGCGUUGGGAUGAAAUGAAACAAAUUGUCAACAUUAUUCUUGACAUUUGUAUUAUAUUUGAUUCAAACGGCGUCGAUAUCUAUUUCCUCAAUCGUCGGCCCGUUCAAAACGUUACAAACAUGUCUCAGCUGAACGAAUGCUUUAGUUCCAAACCACAAGGUAUGACUCCCAUCGUGCCCACACUCCGAAACAUUUUACGAACAAAAGGUGUUCAAGCAAAUGAAGGAAAAAAACUAUUGAUUUUCAUUGCAACCGAUGGAGCUCCUACUAAUGACCAGGGACAAGUUGAUAUUCAAUCGUUGGAAUAUGUAGUUCGUAAUGAACGUAAUCCUCAAACCACGUAUAUCUCGUUUUUAGCGUGUACGGACGACAACGAUUCAGUUGCUUAUUUAUCAAAUUGGGAUAAACAAAUGCAAAAUGUCGAUGUUGUCGACGAUUAUAAAACGGAAAAACAAGAAGUACAGCGUCAGCGCGGCUAUCAGUUUCCAUUCUCCUAUGGCGACUACAUUGUCAAAGCUCUAUUAGGAGCGAUUGACCCAUAUUUCGAUGCAUUAGAUGAAAGACCAAGCUAA